UGCUUUUUGCAUCAAAGCUUCAAUGUUCCUGGUAUUUUAUGUGGAGAUUGUAAACUGUGUGAUCAGCCAUGGCUUUUCAGGAGAUCUUGGAGAGAACAGGUGGCAUGGGACGAUAUCAGAUCAUUCAUGUCAUUCUUCUGUGCUUGCCAGUUUUCAUGUUGGCUAGCCACAAUCUCUUGCAGAACUUCACUGCUGCUAUUCCAAAACAUCGAUGUAAACUUAAUGAAUCCUGGGAAGAAGGUAAUUUUACUGGACCUUGGUUACAUGCUCAUAUUCCGUUGCAGUCAAAUGGGAAACUCUCUAGCUGCUCAAGAUAUACAAACCUCCAACUCAAUUUACUUAAUUAUAGUCUUACAAGCAAUACUAGUGACUUACAGACUGAGAUAUGUGCUGAUGGCUACAUGUAUGAUGACAGCGAAUUUUCUUCAACUAUUAUAAACCAGUGGGAUUUGGUCUGUAAUCAGAAGAAAAUGAGGCAGCUCGCUCAAUCCAUUUUCAUGGCAGGAGUGCUGGUUGGAUCCAUAAUAUUUGGUGGGCUAUCAGACAAGUUUGGGCGCAGACCACUGUACAUUUGGUCAAACCUUCAGAUGUUUGUGACUGGAAUAUGCGCAGCUUUUGCUCCUAACUACAUUGUGUAUUGUGUCUUUCGUUUCCUGACUGGAACUGCUCUCUCUGGGAUUGUUCUCAAUUCCUACUCUCUAAUUGUGGAAUGGAUUCCCACAGAGUAUCGGGCCUUUACCAGUACAGUCACUGGGUACUGUUACACAAUUGGCCAGCUGGUGUUGGUGGGCCUUGCAUAUCUAAUUGAAAACUGGCGUAUGCUGCAGCUGGCUGCAUCCCUUCCCUUCUUCGUCUACUUUUUAUAUGCAUGGUGGCUCCCUGAGUCCAGCCGCUGGCUUGUUCUAGGUGGGAAAUAUGAACACGCUAUCAAAGACUUAAAGAAAGUGGCCAGAAUUAAUGGGAGGAUGGAAGAAGGGGAGAAACUUACAGUGGAGACAAUUAAAUAUGACAUGCAAAGGGAAAUAAAUGCUUCUCGAGGAAAUAGUUAUUCUGUGUUGGAUCUGAUAAGAACACCUGUGGUGCGUCGGAUAUCUUUUUGUAUAUGUUGUACUUGGUUCUCCACCAGCUUUGCCUAUUAUGGUCUAGCAAUGGACCUUCAGAAAUUUGGACUGAGCAUCUAUAUUGUUCAGAUUAUCUUUGGAACAGUUGAUAUCCCAGCCAAGUUUUUUUCCUAUUUUGUGAUGACACACAUGGGACGUCGUGUUCUACAAGCUGCUAGUUUGAUUUUAGCAGGGAUUGCAAUUUUAGUGAAUGUCUUUGUUCCUGAAGAGUUUCAGACAGUGAGAACCUCAAUGGCUGUUUUUGGGAAAGGAUGUCUAGCAGCAGCUUUUAACUGUGUGUAUCUAUACACUGGUGAAUUGUACCCAACUGUUAUCAGGCAGUCUGGUAUGGGGCUAGGCACCAUGAUGGCUCGUCUUGGAGGAAUAGUUGCUCCACUGGUUCAGAUGACGGCUGAUUUUUAUAUUCAUCUACCACUCAUCAUUUAUAGCCUUUGUCCUAUUCUUUCUGGCAUUAUUUCAUGCUUUCUUCCUGAGACACUAGGUGUGCCUCUGCCAGAGACCAUACAAGAAGUAGAAAGCCCUACAUAUAGGAAGAAGGUUUCAAAGUACAAGGAAGAGAUAUCUUUAAAAGAUGGAAUUUAAUCUCAAGAAAACAAAAGUCUUCAUGUUAUUGCAUUUUCCAUCACUUCCCCAACUUCGAAAAAGAAUAUAGAAGAAACUGGGAACUUAACUCAGAGGCCUGAUCUCAUUAUUUAUGUGUAGAGAUGAGCGAAUUUCAUAUUUUGAAUUUGUUCACGCUUCGUUUGUUGGUAAAAGCAGAACUGAGAUAUGGAUUCCUUUACUAAGGACAUAACGCAAUUCUAUGACGGUAUGCAU